CCCGCCAACCCUCUCCUCUCCACCCCAAAAGCUGUCGAGAUGAGCUUCAUUGCCAAGCGCGGUCUUUCGACCCUGAUCCCUCCUAAGGUCGCCUCGCCGACUGCUAUCGGUGGCGCCAAGGAUGCUGCCCGCAUGCAGCGCGUCGUCAGUUUCUACGAGAAGCUCCCCCGUGGCCCCGCUCCCGCGCCCCAGCCCAAGGGUCUUCUGGAGAGGUACCAGGCCAGGUACUUCGGCAAGAACCCCUCGGGCAUGCCCCUUAUCCACGUGAUCGGUGGCCUUCUCCUCAUCGGCUACGCCCAGAACUACUACUUCCACCUGCGUCACCACAAGAACCACGCUCACUAAAUGCGACAGCGUUAAGGAUUGAAGCGAUGCAUUAGUGGUAGCGAAAUGUAAAUAUCCCAAGUAUGCCAAGAGCCUCGAGCGCGCCUUUGAAUCGAUCAUUUGCGGUGCAAGAGGACGAGUGCUUGUGGUUGUGAUAGUCUCAAAGCGGGGCAGCGCAUUGCCUGGUUCAGAAACUCUCGGC